AUGGCUCUCCUCUUUUCUUCUAAAAACAACCCAGCAUUUCUCAUUCUCUUCUUUUUAUCAUCUCUUCUCUUUCUCACUACCCAACAAUGCAACCAUCAUCACUUCUCUGCUUUACUCCACCUCAAGCAUCGUUUUAACUUCAUUGAUGAUUACACCCUCUCUACUCUCCCCUCUUGGAAUUCAAACAAUACCGAUUGCUGCUCUUGGGAACGCAUCACGUGCGAUGGACCCACUGGUCACGUGAUCAGUCUCGACCUCAGUGAGCUCUGUAUCUCUGGUCGGAUUGAUUUCGAAAGCCUCUUUCACCUUCGAAGCCUGCAGAGGCUUAACCUUGCUUACAAUGAGUUUGAUCCCUCUCCAUUCCCUUACGGGUUUGACCAGCUCACCAGUUUGACCCAUCUCAACCUCUCUCACUUAUCCUUUUAUGGCCAAAUCCCACUGGAAAUCUCCCGCUUGACCACUUUGGUUUCUCUCGAUCUUUCUAAGAAUUAUUAUUACAAUGGUUCUGGAUAUCAAUACCUGAAACUCGAAAACCCAAGCAUUGGAGCAGUCGUCCAAAACCUGUCCAAUCUGAGUGAACUCUAUCUGGACUGGGUACACAUCUUACUGCAGGGCCAGACCUUAGAUUUGCCACUCCCUACUCUCCGCAAGUUGAGCUUAAUAGAUUGUCUUCCUUCAGGUUCCAUCUAUUCUUCCCUUUCACAGCUCCAUUUCUUAUCUGAACUCAACCUCAGCUAUAACAAUCUCUCCUCUGCAGUGCCCAGCUUCCCAGAGAGUCUCCGCAAGUUGAUCUUACAAGAUUGCUCCAUCUAUUCUUCCCUUUCACAGCUCCAUUUCUUAUCUGAACUCGACGUCAGUCGAAACAAUCUCUCCUCUGCAGUGCCCAGCUUCCCAGUGAGUCUCCGCAAGUUGAUCUUACAAGAUUAUAACAACUUGUCAGUCCAAUAUGGCAGUGGUAAUUCCACAUUUGUUUCCAUCCCCCAGUUUCAAUCUUUGUUGUUACGUUCUUGCAACAUCAGCACACUUCCAAAUUUCUUGAGAAAUCAAGAGCAGUUGAGGCGAUUGGACCUUUCCAACAAUAAAAUUAGUGGUGAAAUACCCAAAUGGAUAUGGGAGGGAAUAGUACCAUCUCCCCAUCUUUUGGUGAGUGACUUCAGUGUUCUGGACAUUAGCUCCAACAAGCUGGAAGGCUCACUUCCUAUCCCACCACCUUUCAUCUUUUUCUUUUCAAUUCCACCAUGUUUGGGUGAGAUUGGUCAUAGCCUCAUUGUGUUGAAUCUUCAAGGAAAUGCUUUCAAUGGCACCUUACUUCAGACAUUUAAAGAGGGAUGUAACAUAGAAACGCUUGAUCUCAGUGGGAAUCAAUUAGAGGGUCAAGUGCCAAGGUCUUUGGUCAAUUGCAAAAUGUUAGAGGUAUUAAACCUUGCAAACAAUCAAAUACAUGACACCUUCCCUUUUUGGUCGGAAGCUUUGUCCCAGUUGCGUGUUUUCAUCUUGAGAUCCAACCAAUUUCAUGGCACCAUUGGGCAUCUUCUAACAAAUCAAGCUUUUCCACUGUUACAAAUUUUCGACCUCUCUUUCAAUAGCUUUGAGGGUAAUUUGCCAUCAAAUAUGUUCAAGAGCUGGACGGCAAUGAUGGAAGACGACAAAUCCCAAUCUUUGGUCCUUGGAAAAAUGAUAUACGGUAGAAGUUCCAUAUACUAUCAAAACAAAGUGUCUGUAGCAAGCAAAGGGCUAAUGAUGGAAGUGGUAAAGAUCCUUACUGCCUUCACUGUAGUAGAUCUCUCAGGGAACAAAUUUUAUGGGCAUAUCCCAGAAUCAAUUGGAGAUCUAAAGUCACUCCUUGUGCUUAAUAUGUCCAACAAUGAUUUAACAGGUGGAAUUCCAAUAUCACUACAGAAUCUAAGGGAUCUAGAAUCAUUAGAUCUCUCACAUAAUAAAUUGUCUGAAGAGAUCCCUUGGCAGCUAACAGAGCUAACAUUCCUUGCAGUGUUGAAUCUCUCACAGAAUUUCCUCAUAGGCAAAAUACCACAAAGUCGGCAGUUUCUUACAUUUAAUAAUGAAUCAUUCAAAGGAAACUUAGGAUUGUGUGGACCUCCACUAUCAAACAAAUGUGAAGAUGCAAAGAGUGCACCAUCACCCACUUUGUCAACAUUGCAAUUUGAAAGGAAAUAUGAUUGGGAAUUAAUGUGGUUAGGAUUUGGAGUUGGAUAUGGAGUAGGUGUAGGGAUGCUUUUCUGGACUCUAGCACUUUGGAGGAAGGGAAGAAGAGAAUUCUAUAUAUUUGUUGAUGGAAUGCUUUCUUUGAUUUUUCCUUCCAUGGUGUUUUCUAAAUAG